ACGUCGGCGUUCAUCGCUAGGCGCCGGCGGAGGGAAAAGAGCAGGCAUGGCGCUCUUCGUCGUUCCCAGGUAUCUCGGUGACAAAGACAAUGACCUCGAAGACCACUCGCAAGUGCUCUUGCGACAGCUGCAGGAACGCAUAAGAGCUCGACAGCAGCAGAAGCAGCAGCAGCAGCAGGAUGAUCACAUGCCUGCAGAAAGUGGACCAGAUAAUGAAAUGCCUGACUUGGACUUAGAGAAAAAAGCAAAGCAGGAGUCCAGAAAGAGGAAGCAGACUGAGGAAUCCCCUUUAAUAGGAGGCCAUAGAAAGAGAAAGAAGAAAUUAUGCACUGAAGGGGGUGAAGGUAUGGAAGAGAAAGACGGUGAUCCUAGUCUAAGAAGAAGUAAAACAAGUGGAGAGGAAUCCAAAACACCACAAGGAAGGACUGAUGGAGGGGAAGGAAGUGAAAUUAAGUUAGAUAGCCAUCUAGAAAAUGACAGCUCAGCUGGAGAGAGGAAGGAUGGCUUGGAAUCCAGAGCAAACGAGAGCCACGGUGAAGAGGAGGAGACGCUGAAGUCGCCAGAGGAUCCAAAGGAAACCCCCCCACCUCCCAACACAAUUGUUAUUGGCGACUGGGGUCUGAAGGCAGCGCAGAAGAAGAAGAAGGUGGAGCCUCUUCUGCCACGCUGGCUGGCUGAACCUAAGUUGGUCCAGAGGCGGAUCAAAGAGAAUGUUGUCCCACUCCAAGAUGUUCCAGUAAUCCAUCCAAAAUUGAGGAAGAAACUGCAAGCAAAUGGAAUAGAGUCUUUGUUUCCAGUUCAGGCCGAGGUGAUUCCAGCCAUCUUGGAAAGCGGGUUUUUGGCCGGGAGAGGUGGCUACCAGCCCAGUGAUAUCUGCGUCUCAGCCCCCACCGGCAGUGGCAAGACCCUGGCUUUUGUCAUUCCGGUGGUGCAGGCUCUGUUAGACCGAGUCGUCUGCCGUGUGCGAGCUCUGGCCGUCCUGCCCACCAAGGAACUGGCCCAGCAGGUGAAUAAAGUAUUCAACAUUUACACUGACGGGACAGGGCUGAAAGUGGUCCAGCUCACCGGGCAGAAAUCGUUUGCAAAGGAGCAGGAGUCGCUCGCCGAGGAGACGCUUACGGGAUUUCGUAGCCUGGCAGACAUUGUCGUGGCCACUCCUGGGCGCCUCGUGGAUCAUCUUCAGCAGAGCCCCCAGUUCAGCCUGAAAGAACUUCGCUUCCUGAUAAUUGACGAAGCCGAUCGCAUGAUUGACAACAUGCACCAGGACUGGCUACGGCAGGUGGUGGCGGCAGCUCACUCGGCGGUGGAAGAGGGCUUUGGCACCCCGCAGCUGUUCAGGAGAGCCGAGCAGGGGCCCCUCACGGCAGCCAGAGCUGGCUGCCCCCACGUCCCCCUGCAGAAACUCCUCUUCUCAGCCACCCUGACAAGGAACCCCGAAAAGCUGCAGCCGCUGGGCCUGUACCGGCCUCGCCUCUUCACACCCAUCUCCUUGGAGGAGAAGGCGACGGAGACCACGAAGAAGUACGCCCUCCCAGAGGGGCUCUCGCAAUACUACGUGCCCUGCAGCCUACGCUGGAAGCCCCUCUUCCUCUUGCAUUUCCUGCUGCGGCUGAAGUUCUCCCGCGUCCUCUGCUUCACCAACAGCAGGGACACGUCACACAGGCUCUUUCUACUGCUUCGAGCCUUUGGUGGCGUGAACGUGGCCGAGUUCUCUUCCAGGCUGAAUCCAAGGCAAAGGAAGCUGACACUGAAGGAAUUUGAACAAGGGAAGAUCCAGCUGUUAAUCAGCACAGACGCCACAGCCCGAGGAAUCGACAUUGGUGGAGUGAAAUGCGUCAUCAGCUACGAUGCUCCUCAGUUCAUCAGGACCUACAUUCACCGAGUGGGCAGAACAGCUCGUGCAGGGAAAGCGGGACUGGCCUUCACCAUGGUGCUGAAACAGCAGGAGAGGAAGUUUCUGAAGAUGCUGAGGGAAGCCGGUCUUCCUGAGUUGGAGCAGCAGCUGGUGAAGAACACGUCCCUCCAGCCACUCCUCCCACAGUAUGAGGAAGCCUUGGCAGACCUCCAGAAGAUAAUGAAGGAGGAGCGAGCUGAGAAGAGAUCUUGAGCAAGUCCAGGCAAGCCAGAGACGUCCUGCUGAGAAUAAUCAGGGGGCUGGAACUCUUAACUUUGUGGUUUGGAUUCCAAUGUCUUGAGUACACAAUGGCAUUCAGAAGCAAACACUAAGUCUUAAGAGCUCCUGGAAGUAUCAAGAUACGGAAGGGAGAGCCAACUGCCAGCCUACUAUCGUCAAGGCCACCUCUUGCUCCCUCAAAGACCAGCGGAACAUGCCUUAGCUUGUAAAUAAGGGCUCUUUCUACCUGCGAGCCAAAGAACUGCCAGCCUUUCCCUGUGAGGGGCACUAAUUCUCACUAAGCCUUGCCUAUCCAAGUGCUACUCCCUCAUGGCCAAAAGAGGGGAUCAAAGGUUGCUGAGCCCAACUGGGCUUUAAGAGCGAGGGCUCCAUCUCAGGGAGAAGUUUUAAAUAAAGAAAUAAUCCUGUGCCUUCUGGAGCAGGCAAGAUGUCUCCCUCUUUGUGUGUUUGUUUGUGUGUGUUUGCUUUGCUGUUUUUAAAAGAAAAGUGCCCUUCCUCCAGAGCUGUUGAACUACAGCUCCCAUCAUCCCUUGCUGGCCAUGCUGGUGAAGUCCCAGGACUCUCUGUGUGUGCUAAGACUGGACUUCAGGAAGUUGCCCUCACCUUUUCCCUGCUGCAGGAGAUCUCCUUUUGGAAAGCAAGAAAGCUAAAACCAGCCCCCCUGCAGUUCCACUGUUGUAAAGGUUACCUUGUGGAGACAGGCAGCAGAUAAAGGUAAAGGGACCCCUGACCAUUAGGUCCAGUCGUGACCGACUCGGGUUGCACGCUCAUCUCGCAUUAUUGGCCAAGGGAGCCGGCGUAUAGCUUCCAGGUCAUGUGGCCAGCAUGACAAAGCCGCUUCUGGCAAACCAGAGCAGCACAUGGAAACGCCGUUUACCUUCCUGCUGUAGUGUUUCCUAUUCAUCUACUUGCAUUUUGACGUGCUUUCGAACUGCUAGGUGGGCAGGAGCUGGGACCAAGCAACGGGAGCUCACCCCAUCAAAGGGAUUCGAACCGCCAACCUUCUGAUCAGCAAGCCCUAGGCUCAGUGGUUUAACCACAGCACCACCUGGGUCAAGUCUCUGGAUUUUAAGGCUCCUGAGCAGAGCAGUUUCAGGAUCAAGUCCUUUGCAGGGGCAACGGAACCUCAUUUCAGUGGCAGAAAAAGUCGAGGCUUCUGGGUGGAGGCUCAGGCCCAAAGAAGGUUGGGCUCUUGCGUGGAGGUGGGUUGUAGGACAGGGCCCAAGAGGCUGUAAUCCUGCCCUGGGGUAGGGGCAGCUCCUACGACAGGCAUCCCCAAACUCGGCCCUCCAUAUGUUUUGGGGACUACAAUUCCCAUCGUCCCUGACCACUGGUCCUGUUAGCUAGGGAUGAUGGGAGUUGUAGUGCCACAACAUCUGGAGGGCUGAGUUUGGGGGUGCCAGUCCUACGAGGUGGUGUUUCUUCACUUGAGCCUAGGUGCCUUGAAGGUGGCACUUUUUUCAUCUCUCAAACCUUGUUUGACUGCUAUCCAGUCCCCUCUGGGUCCCUCCUGUGAACCUCUCCCCUCUUUCUUCUCUGGCAAAACAGGCUUGACAUAGUCCUUGGCAAUCCUCACUG